AUGGCUACGCGACGGGCAAAUGCAGCACGUAGUCGUCCGGAGAGCUUUCAGUCUUCUGCGCGUUUCCAUCUGUCCGAGUUCUCUCAAUCAGAUGCGAAUCGCACCAUGCCGGGAAAUGACAUCGAUCUCGACGUUUUCAACCUCAUGAACAGGGGAUGCUCUUUUGGGAUGUCUCAGUUUAGCGGCGAUGCUUCUCGUCGGUCUCAUCCCAACCUUAAUUAUACAGGACAAUAUGUAAGUGGGGUUCCUGCAAACGAACCAGAACCAGAGCUUCUUCGGAACGGAUUCUCCGAUUCGCCACCUGAUGUCAGUGCUUCGAUCACGCCCAUUGAGCAAGAUUAUCCAAGACUUGAUGAACUCCUACAUCUUCCCGAGCACUGGGAUCAGGCUGCGUAUGAUCACUUGCUCUCUAUGGGUGGAGAGUCAGACUUGUCAACAGCCUUUGACAUGGCCAACAUCUUAGACUUUAUGGGCCCGCAGCAGAUGGCAAACGCCUUCAUGGAAGCACCGCCCAAGAUCUUGCCACAUCCAUAUCGUUCUGCCCAGCCGCAGCAGACAUCUCCUCGAUCAGAGCCAUCAUCCAUCUGUCCAGAAGGCUCAAUGGACCUUGAUUCUUCGGCAGAGUCCGUGUCAGGCUCUGGCGUAUCGGACGGACUACUCGCCUCGCAAGAGUCUUGGCCUUUCUUUUCUUGCAAUCGAGUACCGAAGUCAGGUUGUUUCCCUCCUGCCACCGCAGCAAUAUAUGUCGAAGGCUUAAUACAAGUUCUGACUGCGCAUGAUUGGCCGGUAUCACACGAUCCACAGCAUAGGAAUGCCGCCAUGACAGCUAAUGAGCUCUUGCAGCAGGAGGAAAUGCUGGACCCACUUGUCGGUCAUUCUAAUGAUUCGUUGAAUGCCGCGGCACGAGCUAUUCUCCAUAAGGCAUGCACCACGCAUCGUUUUGAGCAGGGAUCAGUGGAUAGAGUUGCAAACCUCUUGAAUGGCAAGGGAGACCAAGUCGCAAUCCAGCUACCUCCACCUGACGCUAUCGCGCGUUUUGUCGAAAGCUAUAUCAGUCAUCACAAAGCGUAUUAUCCUUGUGCCGCUGAUCUUACCCGUUCAACGGUGCCGAUGUUGCAGUCUAAUGUUCAAGCCUCAAGAUUGCUUAUGCUCUUAACGAUUGCUCAAGGAGCGUCAUUUAUCUCGAUCCCAUCAGCAAGAUAUCUAGCAAGCGGCCUGAUCGAGGCCUGCCGGCUUUUCCUCUUCGAAAGCAUAGAGAAAGAUAUUCUUUUAUCUCGCGACCCUACCGUUCUCCAUUCCGCCCUUCUGUUCACUACUGCCGCGGCGUGGAGCGGUGAUAACUGGCAUAUGGACAUAGCCAUGGGCCAGCGUGGCAUGUACAUCGCGAUGAUGAGUCACGCGCGAAUGUUUAACGCACAAGAACGACAUCCAACAGCGGAUGAAGUGCAUAUUCAUCCCACCACAGCGUGGGAAGAAUGGAGGACAGCCGAGGAGAAGCGGCGAAUUGCAUACUCGUGGGUUGUAGUUGAUCAAGAGCUCAGCUUGUUUUCAGACACUACGCCGCUACUCAACGUCGUGGACCUUCAAGUUCCGAUGCCUGGCCCAGAGCAUCUCUGGGCGGCUCGUUCCGCCGAGGAAUGGUCCUCGAGGCGUAGGGAAUUAUCUGACAACAAGUCUCUGGAAGGCUUGUCUCUCCGCGAUCUAUUCACGACCUUCGUUGAGGGUGAUCUAUCUGGCACCGAUACCAGGCUUUCGCCGCUCCAACUUCGCUUACUGCUUCAUCCGCUGCAGACAUUGGUUUGCCAGCUACGACAGUUCCUGAGCUGCCUUCCCGAAAGCGGACGACAAUCAUUGGGCACGUCCAUCUCAAAGGUGGCCAUCAAGGCCCGCCUCGAGGAGAUAUCAACGCUGCUUCGUCAGUGGUACGGUUUCACCGAACGCCACAUUAGAAGAGAGGGCAGGACUUGUUGGACAACAAGAGCCAACCUGAUCAUGUAUCAUCUGAUUUCCCUCAACACCCGUACGAGCCUCGAUUCAAUUGAACGGUUUGCUCGGGGCGAGGUGCAAUGUGCAAGCACUCGGCAGGCGUCCCAAUGGUUACAAACACACUGCGUUGAUGACGCUGAGCAAAUCAAUUUUCAUUGCGGCCAGAUCCUACGACUGGUCAAAUCGAUACCAGACAACAUGCGGCCUCCCUGGUGGUCUGGCGCUGUGUACCGGGCUGCUCUCAUUGCCUGGGCGACGAGCAUGGCAAGCAUUGGCGCCAGACUCUCAAUUGAUGGCAUACCUGAGAUGGACAAGCCAUUCGCAAUCGACGCUCUUGAUCCCGAAGACGUGUCCAUUACACAGUAUCUGCGAUACAAGGAAGGGGUUCCCAUGCUAUCCCGGAGUGACGGUACCCUCGUUGGGAUGCAUGUCCCUAACCAUGUGCUGCAGCAUUGCAUUUCUAUUCUUGACGGAGACCUGUCUAUGAGAGCUACCGAAGGUAUUAUGCGCAAGCUUCAGAGCCUCCUGGAUCGACGGAAGCACUCGCCAUUUGAGGCGAAAUGCUAA